GCAGUGUAAAGCCCGGUGACGUCAGGAUGAGGAGGCGGGGCACCUAGCAGCACAGUUAUGAGAGCCGGUGACGUCACGCCCCGCCCUCUGGUCCCGCCCCUGUUAUGUCUUGUUAUGAAACUGGGCAGCGGCAAUGUGUUUUGUAACCUUCUCCCGCUCCGCAACCAAUCAGAAGUGUCCCCGGCGGUCACCUGAUCUACUGGCCGUAGUCGCACUUUAUGUAAUGGCAGGUAUUGAGUGCUGUGCGCUCAUAGAGUCUCUUACUAUGUCUCGCCCGAUACAGCUGGAGCCGCUGCUGGAGUGUCUGCUGCGGCAGUACCGGGGCUCGGUGGUGGUCCGGGAGCAGGAGGAGGCAUGUGUGUUGCGGUGCCCGGGCUGUGGCGGCUUCCUGCGGGACCCGGUGACGGUGCAGUGCGGGCACACGUACUGCUGGCCCUGCGUGCGGGGGGAGCCGAGGAGGCGUUGCCGCCGGUGCCAGGGGGACAUGGGGCGCUCACCCCGCCGGACAUGUGUGCUCCUCAAGCAGCUGGCGGAUAAAUGUCUACCCGGGAGGAGCUGGCCGCACCGGGACGUGGCUGAGCUGCUGGAGGCGGGGGAGCACCGGGAGGCGCUGAGCAGGAUCGGCCCGGCCAUAGACACAGAUCCCAGUGACUUGAUACUACGUGUUUACAGAGCAGAGUCCUAUGCUGCACUAUUUGAAUAUGAGAAGGCUCAUGAGGACCUGGACUUUGCCCUUUUCAAACAACGUGACUGGCCAGAGGUGUACUUCAGGAAAGCCAAAUUACUGCAGGAGACUGGGAAUUUGUACGAAUCUUUAACAUUUUACCUCCAGUGUCUGGCUUUAGAUGAGGAGUACACAUCUGCCAGGAAUGAGAUAGAAAAGAUCCUACGCGACUUUCUCUUUCCCGUCCCAGAAACCGUAGAAGGUAUUCUGAAGGAUCUUGAAAUAAAACCUUUGCCAAAUCCCCAAGUGAAACCUUUUGUAUUAGGAUCAGAUAGGAAAGAGAAUACAUAUCAUUUGCACACAAGUCUGGAACAGGAUAAGGGCACGACAAAGCAAAUAAAGAGCACGAGCAGUAGUGGCCUGAAGCGCACACAGUCCGUGCAUGCUCUGCAUGGUAAAGAGAAGACGAAUGCUGAGGAAGGCUUGAAAAGGGUAGCCUCAGAACCCCUCUUAUUAAGCCACGAAAAUGGCAUAUUGCUGAAAAGAAAGCUCUCCCUUUCUGAGCAAGAUGCAAAUAUCUGUGAAGAUGGUCGGAUUAAGCACUUAAGGCAUGGAGAAACCUAUGAUGGGGAAUCCUCCAACUUAAGAGUAGACCCAUCCAUCCUACGUAAGCUGAUUGAUGGAAGUGACUUUGAAUGCUCCCUUUGCAUGAGGUUAUUUUAUGAGCCAGUUACCACACCCUGUGGACACACCUUCUGCAAGAAAUGCUUGGAGCGCUGUUUGGAUCACACACCUCAAUGUCCUUUAUGUAAGCAGAGCCUAACAGAGUAUCUAGCAAACAGAACCUACAAUGUGACAACCUUAUUGGAAGAACUUAUCAAGCAAUAUCUCCCUGAAGAGCUGUGCGAGAGGAGAAGGCUUCAUGAAGAAGAAACCGUUGAACUAUCAGACUUAACAAAAAACGUGCCUAUCUUUGUAUGCACAAUGGCCUAUCCAACCGUGCCUUGCCCUCUCCAUGUGUUUGAGCCACGAUAUCGACUUAUGAUUCGGAGGUGUAUGGAAACUGGUACAAAGCAAUUCGGAAUGUGCAUUGGUGAUCCCGAAAAAAGCUUUGCAGAUUAUGGUUGCAUGCUACACAUUAGGAACAUUCAUUUCCUACCUGAUGGUCGUUCUGUGGUUGACACAAUUGGAGGAAGAAGAUUUCGGGUUGUAAAAAGAGGAAUGAGGGAUGGAUACUGCACCUCUGACAUAGAGUAUUUGUCUGACACCCAGGUUGGUGAAGAAGAGCUGCAGCAGCUCAGAGAACUUCAUGAUGCGGUCUACACUCAGGCUUGUCGCUGGUUUCAGAACCUCCGAUACAAGUUUCGAAGCCAGAUCCUUCAUCAUUUUGGUUCCAUGCCAGAGAGAGAGGAAAAUAUACAGGUUGCUCCAAAUGGACCAGCCUGGUGUUGGUGGCUCCUGGCAGUGUUACCUGUGGAUCCCAGGUAUCAGCUUUCUGUUCUUUCUAUGAGAUCAUUAAAAGACCGUCUCCUGAAAAUCCAGCAUAUACUGACCUAUUUCUCUAGAGACCAGUCCAAAUGACUAACCGCCUGGAGCUUCCUUAACAGUCAUCCAAUCCUGACUCUAAUCACCGCUGGAGUUUUUGCUAUCUUUGCACAUAUGGCAUUGGUUUGAACAAAGUUCUGGACUAUUGCAGAUGCCUGUUGGAUAAAACCUGCUUCUGACUAUAGAACUUGUGGAAAUACUCUGCUUUUUUUUUUUAUUUUAUUUUUUUAUCUCAUUUGGUUAUGACAACAAGCCUAUUGCACUAUGUAUAGAGUUAAUGUUUGUAUUUUAAAUGCUGUAAAUUUAAAUUUCAUUUGAGUUAAAGAUUUCUAAAUAUGUGUGUUUUGUGUAUUGCUGCUCCAAGUACAUUGUAAAUGGAAUGUAAGAGACUUAUCCAGAGGAGAAUCCUCAUCCUGGUUGUCUCUGAUUUAAUAUUUUUUAUAAAUCUAUGCAGUAUUUGUGUUCUAGUGUCCAAAUUCUUUUGUAUCUUUCUU